AUGCAACAUAAAGAUUACUAUCUAGAUGAAGAUUCCCAUGAAGAAGCAGCUCUUUAUGCGAACGAUAUCAAUACCGAAAAGGAUCAUUUGAGCAUUCAAGUAUUCACAAAUGCAAAAGGUAGAAAUGGUCUUAAAAAUCCAGAAAGUCUGUGGGAAGAUGGAAAAAUACCUUACCAACUUUCUAAUAAAUAUGAUGCAGAGGAGAAGGCAAUUAUUCUGGAAGCGAUGGAAGAAUUUAAGAAUAAAACAUGCAUCCACUUCGAGCCCGUAGAAAAAGAAGAUCCGCCUUUUAUUCGCAUCGAACCAGGUUCAGGCCCGGAUAUUCCUCAUAUUGCGGCAUUUAGUGUUGUUAUUCAUAUGGCUAUUACGUUGAUGUGA